CUUAUUCUAUUUGGAAUUUGGAAACUCUUGAGUGCCUUCUGGGCUUAAGGUGUUUUAAACUUUUUGCCGUUAAAAAUCUUGGAAGAUUUAAAAGGAAGCUAGUCUCCUGAAUUCCAGAUUCCCCUCCCCGCCUUUAUUUUUGGAUAGGGAUUGGAGGUAGGAAAAUAACUGGAUGCCUCGUGAGUUGGAUUUUUUUUUCUGCCCCUGGUAGGAGUGAGGCGGUGUUAAGUGCGAGGCAUUUGGUGAGGAAAGGACUGUUUUUGUUCCAAACCCUUCCAAGUCAAAGUGUUGGUGGACUUUCCCAGCUGUAGAAUGGCUUCAGAAUUCCCAUGUCUGUAACUUGAUUAGCCCUGCACCCUCCUUUUGCACAGGUGUUUUCUUGUACUGUCGGAAGGUCCACUCCUUCACAGGUGUAGGUUUCAAACCAAAAUCAUUGCUCACCCCAAACAUGGUCUUGUAAAGACAGUUUGGAUGACUGCCUGAACUCAGGCUUUGUGAGAUUUAUUUUAAAUGAGUGAUGUGCUUCCCAAGGGAUCGAAAACUCUAUAAAUGGGAAUUAUGUUCUUAAUCAUGAAUUUUAUAGGGGAAACUGACCUUAAAACUUGGGGUGUCUGUUACUCUGUACCCAAUAAAGCAUCAGUCUGGAAGUUUAUAAACCCCGGGAGCGCAGGAAAGGUUUUCAUUUAGCCCCAAGCCUUCAAACUUAGAAAGAUUUGUUCCAGAAACUUCCAGUGGUACCCCAAACUAUAAAUGCUGUGAUUUAGUACAGUUUAUCACUUUAGUUCUGCAAUGAAACAGUAAGGAGUAGUAAUAUAUUUUGUCAGUGAUUUUGUGUUUACUAGUUAGUUGGGCAGCGUUUGCUUUCUAGGAAAUAGCACUGAAUUAAAAUAUCAGAGAACUAACUUUCCACUGCUCUGUUGUAGAAAAUGAACCUUGCUGUGUUAAAACAGCCAUUCCAGGUUUCAAAUUGUAUUCUUUAGACAGGCUUCCUAUUAGUUUUGGAUUGUUUUGUGUACUUCUGACUCAGAAUCAAAAUCCAUUUUUCUAAAAUCAAAUUUAGCAUCAUAAAGAAUUUCAUCAAAUGCAUAUCCAUUAACUUCCAUUUCACCAGAAAUGCCUGUUAGGCAUUUUAUUUUUCUUUUAGAUAGCAAAAGGUCUUCCUGAAAAGUCGCUUUAGUCAGGGCAUCUUAUUUCUAAACCAUAGUACUUCCUGGUUGAUAGGUGAAGUGACUCGUUUUCCUGUAAUGCCACCAGCUAGAAGAACGUUUGGGACUUUUUACUCAAGAUGGCACUGUGUCCUAUAAGCCAGAUGGCUCCUAGUUCUGUUUUCUUGGCUGCCCCUUGCAGCCACAGUUAUAACAACAUAGAUGCAGAAUGUGUCUCUAAUGGUACAGUCACUUUUUAAGACUUACCUGGCUUAUACAUCACUGUGUCAAACCAUUCUGGCCCCAGAUGGCUGUUUUCCUAUGAUAUUGGUGAUUUCAGCCCAUUUCAUGUUUACUUUUCACUGUCAUAUAUUCACUUGAUUCUUGGCAGCUACUGGUGAGAACUCAAUGGUGUUUUUGUGUUUUGGUGCUACCCAGGUGGAUCUAUAAAGAAACCAGCUGCGUAGGAGAGGGAGGGGAGGAGCCCAGCUGUGAGGUGUGUGGGCCCAAGAACCAUGUCUGCACGGGAGUCCUUUAACCCGGAAAGUUAUGAAUUGGACAAGAGUUUCCGGUUAACCAGAUUCACUGAACUGAAGGGCACUGGCUGCAAAGUGCCCCAAGAUGUCCUGCAGAAAUUGCUGGAGUCCUUACAGGAGAACCACUUCCAAGAAGAUGAGCAGUUUCUUGGAGCAGUUAUGCCAAGACUUGGCAUCGGCAUGGACACCUGUGUUAUUCCUCUGAGGCACGGCGGCCUUUCCUUGGUUCAAACCACAGAUUACAUUUAUCCCAUCGUCGACGACCCUUACAUGAUGGGCAGGAUAGCCUGUGCCAACGUCCUCAGUGACCUCUACGCCAUGGGGGUCACGGAGUGCGACAACAUGCUGAUGCUCCUUGGAGUCAGUAAUAAAAUGACCGACAGGGAAAGGGAUAAAGUGAUGCCCCUAAUUAUACAGGGUUUUAAAGAUGCAGCAGAGGAGGCAGGAACGUCUGUAACGGGCGGCCAAACAGUGCUAAACCCCUGGAUUGUUUUAGGAGGUGUGGCUACGACUGUCUGCCAGCCCAACGAGUUUAUCAUGCCAGAUAACGCAGUGCCGGGUGAUGUGCUUGUACUGACAAAACCUUUGGGGACGCAAGUGGCCGUGGCCGUGCACCAGUGGCUGGAUAUUCCUGAGAAGUGGAAUAAAAUCAAGUUAGUGGUCACCCAGGAGGAUGUGGAGCUGGCGUACCAGGAGGCGAUGAUGAACAUGGCUAGGCUCAACAGGACAGCGGCAGGACUCAUGCACACGUUCAAUGCCCACGCGGCUACUGACAUUACGGGCUUUGGGAUUCUGGGCCAUGCACAGAACCUGGCCAAACAGCAGAGGAACGAGGUAUCCUUUGUGAUUCACAACCUUCCCGUCCUGGCCAAGAUGGCAGCUGUGAGCAAGGCCUGCGGAAACAUGUUUGGGCUCAUGCAUGGGACCUGCCCAGAGACAUCAGGCGGCCUCCUGAUCUGUCUACCGCGUGAGCAAGCAGCUCGAUUCUGCGCAGAGAUCAAGUCCCCCAAGUAUGGUGAAGGCCACCAAGCAUGGAUUAUUGGGAUCGUGGAGAAGGGUAACCGCACAGCCAGGAUCAUAGACAAGCCCCGGAUCAUUGAGGUCGCACCGCAGGUGGCCACCCAGAAUGUGAACCCCACGCCCGGUGCCACCUCGUAAUCUAGGCCAAGGCAGCUGUGUGGUUUUGUUUUUAAAUAGCUCUAUUUCCUUUAUCAUCAUUUCAAUUAAAGACUAUAAACAACAACGAAAAAUCUCAUUGUGUCUACACAUCUGGUGACCUUAGGUCGAUUUGUGAGUGGAUGCAAUUAAUCAAAUAAAAUCCAUUGCCUUUUUUUCCCGUUACAUUAACUGAAGAUGCACCUAAUCUUGAGGCAGCUUCUGAGUUGAGAAUUAUAUUGUUAUCCAAUACUGUUGAUUCAUUUUGAAUCUUUAGACACUUAAUCUCUUGCCGAGUAGGCUCUUUUUAAAGGUGCUUUCACGUAGCACAGGCAUUACCUGUCGUAGUGUCAUAGCAGUUUGUGUCUUUUCAUUUUAUGUAUAUUUAUCAUUAUCAGCCUGAUCCUUUUUGAAGUGUAUGGAAUGGUAUUCUGGUGGUAUUCUGGAAAGACAGGAUUGGUGAGGGAGUGACACAGCAGUGUCCCAGUAGCAAGAGGGUUGCAUGAGUCCUUCUAGUCUUCUAAUUCAGGAGCAUCUCUUUGACCCAAGAGUGCAUUCAGCUAAACCAGGCAAGUGCUUAACUCUGCAUGGAAAGCACUUUGAAGACAAAAAAGAAAUGUUCUUUCUUUCUUUUUUUUGUAGCCUUCCUAAUACUUGCCGUAGUAUCAUUAACUGUUUUCUUUAUUGAUAGCAAAAAAGGACACUUUUUGCAAUGUAAUUAGAUGUUCAAUAGCACAGCAAGGAAUUGCCUCUGAAAGGGGGUUCAUGUAUAAUACUCAUUUACAAGUCAGCAUAUAAUUAACUACACAAAUAAUUUUUAAAUAUAAUCAAUAAUAAAGACUGUUCUGUGGAUAGUCGUGUUUAAUACAUUUUAUAUUUUGUAUAGUGAUUUCAGACCUUUUGUUUCCUUAAAAUCCAGCUGUUUAGCCUGAUUCUUAGCAUUAUUUUGUCCUUUGCGCCAGUACUUUUCCGUGCACGCUUCCUGUGAUCUGUGUGGAAACCUGCAUUGGCCAGCCAUGCAGCUUGAACUUCAACUUGUUAUUCAAAUAAAUAUUUAAUUUUUUUUAUUGCUCUUGUA